UUAGAGAUGCUGCAACACAACAAAAAGAGAAAUAAUCACUAGUGGGGUGAAUAUGUCCUGCAGGCACUGUAUAAGCAGGAACAACGGGAAUGUAAACACGAGUUGGCUCAAUCCCUCCCACCAGCUCCUUGUAGGACAUCCCUCCUGACGUGUGGAUAAAGAUUAUAAAGAUGUGCGGCAGUGUUUACAUUCUGCAGCCUGCACAAACCUGAAGGAACACUAAAGAUCUGUCCAAAUUCUGAUGAGUGGCAUCAAUCUCAGACUCGGCUGCAGCAAUUCAAUCAGAUCCCCAUCCAUGGGUUUUGAGGCCGAUGCCAAUCUAGAGACGAGCUUCAGAAUCAGCUCGUACCAACCUGAGCACAUUCUUCAAGAGCUGAAUGUCUUCAGGAAAAGUGCCACCUUCACUGAUGUUGUCCUGCAGGUGGAGGAACAAGAUUUUCCAUGCCACCGUGCCGUGCUAUGUGCUUCCAGUCAAUACUUCCGCACCAUGUUUAUGGGGCAACUGCGUGAGAGUGGUCAGUCCGUGGUGCGGCUCAACGAGGUCUCAGAAGUCGCUCUAGAGCACCUGCUGGACUUCGUUUAUGAGGGCCGGGUUCAGCUCCAGGAAGAGAAUGUGGAGACCGUUUUUCAAGCUGCUGACCUGCUGGAUGUGCCUGCACUGUCCAAGGCCUGUCUGGACUUCCUGGAGAAGUGUGUGUCUCACUUGAACUGCCUGGGUCUGAUGGAAUUCGCCAAGCACUACUCGCUGCAGCCACUGCUGGAACAGUGCCAGAAUCUGCUGUACCAGGACUUUAAGAUUGUAGUCAAGCAGGAUGAGUUCCUUGAGCUGCCAAUGGAGAGAGUAGUGGAGCUUCUGGAUUCUGAAAAGCUACAGGUGCAGGAGGAAGUCUUGGUGGAGGCGGUGUUGUUAUGGGUCCACCACCAGGGCAGCAAGCGGAAAGCAGCGCUAGGAAAGCUACUGGAGAGGCUUCGGCUGCCCUUAUUAGACCCUGUGUUCUUUACCAACAAGCUGGAGGCUGAUGAACUCAUUCAGGAGUCACAUGAAUGCAGAAAGCUGUUACAGGAGGCGAGACUUUAUCGCCUAUAUGGCAGAGAGAUCAGCUCAGACAGAACCAAACCAAGAAGGCAGUCUGGCUGGGCUGAGGUGAUUGUGGUUGUCGCGGGUUGUGACAAAAACAGGAUUUCAAGAUUCGCCCUCACAGAGACACUGGACCCCACCUCUGGGACAUGGCUCACUUCAGUCAGUGUGCCAGGAUAUAAAUAUGAAUUUGCUGUAUGUGAACUUCACAAUGACAUUUAUUUAUCAGGUGGGCAGCUGAACAGCACCCAAGUAUGGCGCUUCAUGGCUCAGCUGAACCAGUGGGUUUCUGUGGGUAGCUUGCUGAAAGGACGAUGGAGACACAAGAUGGCCUCUCUGUGUGGAAAGCUGUAUGCUAUUGGAGGAUAUGAUGGAGAGCAAAGGCUGAGCAGCGUGGAGUGUUAUAGCGUGUUUGAGAAUGUGUGGAAGCCUGUGGCUCCCAUGCUGUUGCCUGUCAGCUCUGCUGCUCUGGCCAGCUGCUCUGGAAAGCUUUAUGUAAUCAGUGGAGCUGUGAGUGAAGACUGCAACACCAGCAUGGUUCAGCGUUAUGACCCUGUGAAGGAUCAGUGGAUGUACAUGAUGUCCUGCCCUUUCUCUCAGAGGUGCUUAAACGCAGUGUCGCUGAACGGCUCUAUCUAUGUAGCCGGAGGCCUGAUGGAUGUGCUGUACUGUUACAAUACCAAGGUCGAGACCUGGAGCAAAGCAGCUGAGCUUCCUAUGAAAUUGGAAAAUUGUGGGCUGGCUGUUUGUGAUGGGAAGGUGUACAUCUUGGGUGGCCGUGAUGAAUUUGAAGCUGCAACUGACCGUACAUGGGCAUUUGACCCACUGAGCGGCCAGCUGACCGAGGAGACGCCCCUAACACACAGCCUGAGCAACCACGGAUGUGUUACUAUCACACAACACCUACAGCACAAAUAAAGUUUUUUUAUUUUCAUUUGAAGCAAGAAAAGUCCUAAGGUCAUCUAUGUUGUUUUGUUUUUUGUUUUUUUGAGAUGAAGUCAUUCUUUUGUCCUUGCUGCUCAACAUCUAGUACAAUCCAUAAACUACUACAAGACAUAAGUAUUACUAAUCCAUUUUAUUCUCUUCAUCAAAUCUGUAUCAAUAGGAACAACUAAAAACUGUGAUCAUAUUAUACUGUGAAACUGUGAAUUUAUGAAGAAUUUAUCUCUCUUCUAUUACCCUCAAGUUAUCAUAUUAUUGUUCUUUGUAAGUGUUAACCUUCUGUUAAUGUGUCAAAGUAUUAUUUUAAGCAUUAUUUUCAUUUG